CUUGAUUGAACUGUCUUUCUCUCUAUGUUCUCUCCUCUUCCUCCUUUUCUGUAAUUCAUAUCUUUCGGGAAAGCUUAGUCAGUUGCUAAUUCCAUUUAGGGCCAAAACCCAUUGAGUUUCACAAGAUUUUGAACUUUUGGGAUUUUGUUUUGGGAUUCAAGAAAUCAGGGGGAAAAAACCAAAGGGGAUAGCAGAUAGAAGAAAACCUAGAAGACUGAAAAAGCAAUGGCAGUAGACCCAAUGGAGUCCCAAGAUUCGUGCAGCUAUAAUCCUCUUGUUCUUCAGGGCGAAAAUGGCUCCAAGAUUCCAGCAGAAGUUGAUCAAGACAAUGAUGAAACUGACUCGAAUUUCCCAGAAAGGGUUCUUCAUGGGCAUGUUGAUGAUGAUGAGAAAUUACCAGAAGAAGUUGAUUAUGAUCACGGUGAAGAUAAUUCGUUGGGUUCAGUUGAUGAGCAGAAGGAAGGUUCAGAUUAUCCCAUCAAUUCUUCUCCUGUUCUUGUUGAAGACAACAAUGCCUCGAAAAUCCCAGAAAGAUUCGUUCUUUAUGACGAUUCUGAUGAUGAUUGGAAGAAUGAUGAUGACUUGAAGAUUGUUCUUUUCGAUUCUGAUGAUGAAUGGGAUGAAGAUGAUUAUACUGAUGAUGAAUUUGGGUAUGGCCCGAAGAUCCGACCCGGAUAUCAGAGGAUUCCACCUCCUCCACCGGGAUUUGAGAAUGCUUAUCUGAGACAUUAUAAUCAUGAUCUAUGCUGCUUCGAUGAUGAGUAUGAUUCCGAUUAUCAUCUUCAAAAAGCAAUCUUUGAAUCAAUUCUAGAAUCUAUCAAUUUCCCAAAAAGUGUUGGUGAUGAAAAUGUUGAUGAUGAGUUGAUAUUACUAGAAGAAGUUGAUAAUGAUCAGGAUGAAGUAUUGAAGAAGAUUAUUCUUUUUGAUUCUGAUGAAUGGGAUGAAGAUCAUACAGAUGAUUAUGGGUAUGGCCCGAAGAUCCGACCCGGUUACCAGAGGAUCCCGUCUCCGUCACCGGGAACUGAGAAUGCAUAUCUAAGACAUUAUAAUCAUGAUAUAUGCUGCUAUGAUGAUGAGUAUGAUUCUGAGUAUCAUCUUCAAAAAGCAAUCUUUGAAUCAAUUUUAGAAGCAAUCAACUUUCACCCUGUUUCUCGAGUUGGUGAAUCUUCGGCUCUGGAACUGGAAUACCCUGAUUUGAAGACAAAAGGUACUGUGUUUCUUCGUUAUAAAACCAUGCGAUUGCAAGAUUUGGGUUAUGAUCUUCGGAAUUAAAGGAGUUAAUUUCAUUUACAGGUUGUUUGUAAACAAAUGAUCUCAAGGAAAAGUUCUGUCAUCAAGCUUGCAAGCUGCUGAAAAAGUUUAGUGAAACCCCUGGGAAAUACAUUGGUUAUUGGGUUUGUUUUGAUGCUGGCGGAUCCGUUGAAAAAGCCUUGAUCUUGAGGACAUUACAAUUCAUCUACAAAAAGCAUUAUAGACUUCUUAGGUUUCAGAAUUUUUAUCAUUCUUUUGAUAUGUGAUUUAGUAGUACUCAAUUCUUUCACGUGUAAUUAGAUUCUUUGAUGUAAUGUGACUCAUCAACAUUGGAUGAUGGUGUUGCAAAGAUAAGUUGAAUAUGCUUUUAGUAGUAUAUAUUGCUUAACAU